UUUUUAAAGUGAGGCAUCUUUUGGAGGUGAGGACUUUGGCUCAGGGUGUCGGGAGUGAUGGCGGCGUCUGCACCCUCCUGCUCCUCCAACACCGCCACCUCCUCCUCCUCCUCUUCUGGCGUCGAAGCGGAUCCCAACUCGACAAAUUUACGACCACCAGGCUCAAGCUAUGACGCGUGGUGUGGAGUUGCGCAUGGAUGCACGAGAAAAUUAGGAAUGAAGAUAUGCGGGUUUCUGCAGAAGAACAACACUCUGGAGGAGAGGAGCAGGAUUGUGAGCUCCAUCAAGGAGCGCACAGCCAAAAACCUGCUGUCCUGUGACAACAUGCGCAGAGAUGCGCUCUGCAGGCGCACAGAGACUGACUUCUCCAACCUGUACGCCAGAGAUCUGCUGCCUGCCAAGAAUGGAGAAGAACCAACCAUGCAGUUCUUGCUGGAGGUCGUUGACAUUCUCACCAACUACAUCCGGAAGACUUUUGACAGAUCCACCAAGGUCCUGGACUUCCAUCAUCCCCACCAGCUGCUGGAGGGGAUGGAAGGCUUCAACCUGGAGCUUUCCGAGCAGCCCGAGUCACUGGAGCAGAUUCUGGUGGACUGCAGGGACACCUUGAAAUAUGGAGUGAGGACAGGUCACCCCAGGUUCUUUAACCAGCUGUCUACUGGAUUAGACAUCGUUGGCUUGGCGGGAGAGUGGCUUACCUCCACCGCCAAUACAAACAUGUUUACCUAUGAGAUUGCCCCCGUUUUUGUACUCAUGGAGCAGCUGACACUUAUGAAGAUGAGAGAGAUGAUUGGCUGGCCAAACGGAGAGGGUGAUGGGAUUUUUUCUCCAGGAGGAGCGAUAUCCAAUAUGUACAGUGUGAUGAUUGCCAGAUACAAGUUCUUCCCAGAAAUCAAGACCAAAGGCAUGGCAGCUGCACCCAGACUGGUUCUCUUCACUUCAGAGCACAGCCACUAUUCCAUCAAGAAAACCUGUGCAGCUCUGGGCUUUGGGACAGAGAAUCUAAUCCUUUUGAACACAGAUGAAAGAGGACGAGUCAUUCCUGCUGAUUUGGAAGCCAAAGUCAUAGCAGCAAAGCAAAAGGGUUUCAUCCCGAUGUUUGUAAAUGCCACUGCGGGUUCCACGGUCUACGGAGCCUUUGAUCCCAUCAACGAGAUUGCAGACAUCUGUGAAAAGUACAACAUGUGGCUUCAUGUGGACGGUGCAUGGGGAGGUGGUCUACUGAUGUCCAGGAAACAUAGAUACAAGCUGGAUGGAAUAGAGAGGGCCAACUCAGUCACCUGGAACCCUCACAAGAUGAUGGGAGUCCCACUGCAGUGCUCUGCCAUCCUGGUCAGAGAGAGGGGAUUAUUACAAGGCUGCAACUCCAUGUGCGCCGGAUACCUCUUCCAACCAGACAAACAGUAUGACGUGACGUACGACACGGGUGACAAGGCUAUUCAGUGUGGACGUCAUGUCGAUAUCUUCAAGUUUUGGCUCAUGUGGAAAGCAAAGGGAACAGUGGGAUUUGAACAACAUAUUGACAAGUCCCUGGAUCUGGCGCUGUAUCUCUACAAUAAAAUAAAAAAUCGAGAGGGCUUCAAGAUGGUGUACAAUGGCGAGCCACAGCACACUAAUGUGUGUUUCUGGUACUUUCCACCGAGCCUACGUGACGUGCCUGAUGGUGAAGAGCGCCGUAAUAAGUUACACAAGGUGGCCCCAAAGAUCAAGGCAAUGAUGAUGGAGUGUGGGACUACAAUGGUGGGCUACCAGCCACAAGGUGACAAGGUCAACUUCUUCCGUAUGGUCAUCUCCAACCCAGCUGCCACACAGUCAGAUAUUGACUUUGUAAUUGAGGAGAUCGAGCGUCUAGGACAUGAGUUGUAAGAACAUAUAUUGUCAAAGGUUUCUUUUUUUAAAACCAUUUGCCUUUUCCAACACUGGAGACCCUUCAGCUUGGCUUUACGUCAAAUGUGUUACGUGUACAACUUUUAAACUUGCUGGGCUUUCCUGGCAUCGUACAGUAAGUAAUAUGUCAUAUGUGUUUCCCUGUUUCUUCUGUCCUUAGCAGCAGUCACCUAUUUAAAAAUUUGCACCACAGGAUCUCUAGGGGAAAAACCUCUGGAGAAUCAUCACAGCACAGAAUUAUUCUUGCCAAAUCUGUAUGCAUUUUACUGUUUUAUGAUAUUAAAUAAAAACAGAAUGAAAUCUCAGUAUUUUUGACAGGCAACAGAAUAUUCUAGCAUUGUCAAAAGCAGCAUUAAUGUAACAUAUGAUGUACUGAAUGUUGGUGCUCGUGUUGUCCAUGUAAUUGUCGAGCUAGUUGCACCACCACAUUGUACUCUCGCUGUUGUUUGCCUUUGGUAAUACGUAAGUGAGAUUGUUACAAGUACUUGAUCGCUGUGUUUCUAGAGGUUUUAUUUAGAUUGUGUAAACUACUGUUAUAUUGCCUUAGUGCCAAAUGUGUCCUAGUUUUACAGUGAGAAGUUCCUGUAUGUAAAAAUCAAUCAUAUGUAACAGAUUAAUAAUCCAGUUUAUAUCAACAGAUUAUAAUUGUGAAGAGGCUAUCUGCUAUUCUGUACCAUUUGUAAUGUUAAUCAUAUUUGGAAAGUUUGCUGUACAGUAUGGAGAUGUUUUGAACUUUUAGUGUAUUUGUGAACCAAAGAAGGGUUGGGUUACAUUUCUGAACAUGUACAUGGCCCCUAUUCUCUUUAUGGAUGGAUUAGCAUAUUUAUAUAAGAAUUACCAAAUUUAGUAUCCGUACCUUUAGUGCCGUUUUUGUUGUGUAACUGUGUUGUUGUGGUUCAUUGUCGUGGAGACAUGUGGCUGGAGUCUAGCGGAUGGCUCCAACCGCCAAUGCUUUGUUAAUGAUAAAAGCACAAUGCAAAAUACAAUUAGGGACAGAUGAUCUGCAUUAUGUGUUAAGUCUAGUAAUAUUAUAUGCAGAACUUUGUAUUAUGAUCAUAAUAUGCACACUUUUAAUGUGACAACGUAAGAAACAGGGAUUGUUAAAUCAUGUAGCAGUUAGCUUGAAAAAUAUGAUGUGCAGCAUUUGUUGCUGUCGUAGGAUUUAUUGAACCGUUGUACAUUCCUGAAUUAUUGGGAUGAAAAGUCCCUCGUCAGAUUCAAUGUAGGCACUUUAACCUCUCAUCAUCAUUUACAGAGUAUUACUGUUGUAUCCUCAAGAUGAAUAAAAGCUUUAAAA